GAAAGAAUGAAUUAUUAUUUUUAAAAAAAUUUUCCAUGAUCAUUUAUUUAUUUACUUUUUUUUAAAAAAUAAUUCUUAUUAAAAUAAUUUUAAAAAUAUCCUUUUAAAAAUAUUAUUUUCAAGAAGUCCAUUAAUUUUGAGAUUUAUUCAAUUUUCAGAUCAUUAAAAAGUCGAGAAAAAACAAAAAAUGUUAAAGAAUAUAUUUUUUAUUUUGGCCUUAAUGAUUGGGAGUUAUUUGUGUAACCCUAAACCGGGAGAAGAGCCUGCUAAAGGGGAAAAGAAAGCCGGUAAGGAAAAUGAUUAUGCGGCUGAAAUGGAAGCAAUGAAACAACCAAUCUUUAGCCACAUGAUGAAGCUUCUCACAACUAUGUAUGAUACCAAAACUGAAUACAAGAUGGAAGGAGGUAAACCAGACUUCUGUGGAGAUCACGAGUGCCCAAAAUAUGAAGUUCUUUGCAAAAAUGAAUUCUACGAGGUCAGGAAAUACCCGCCAGCUAAAUGGGUAGAGACGGACAUAUGUAAGAAGGACCAUAAGGAAAUUGAAAUGGGAGGAAAUCCUAUAGAAAAAGCCUUUCACAGGUUGUAUGGCUACAUUUCAGGAAAAAACGAUAAAAAAGAGAAAAUCGAAAUGACAGUCCCAGUGUUGGUUCACGUCAAAAAUAUGAAGGAGGUGGAUCAUGAUAAAAAAGAGAUGGAGAUGAAGUUUUACCUCGCCAAGGAUGCUCCGAAGCCUGAAAAUCCUGACGUCAAGAUAGUAGAAUCAAAGGAGGUUGUGUUUUAUGUCAAAAUGUUUGGUGGAUGGGUCCUGGAUUCCCUUUGGAAACCGAAAACUCAUAAGUUCCACAAAAUUUUGACCUCUUUCAAUCAAAAGGUUGACGAGGAAUUUGGUGUUUUGGGGGCUACAUACGACAAGCCUUCAAAAUUUUUGAAUCGCCACAACGAAAUAUUGAUGAAAGCAGCUGACCAAAAGGAAAACGCAAAAUAUUGCAAAAUGGAAUAAAUUUUUUAUUGUUAUCUUUUUUUUAAAAAAAUGUUACUAUUAAACCAAACAAUUCAUUUUGAUUUAAAUCUCAUAUAUAUUUACUAGUUUACCAAUUAUUCAAGGUACUCCGAUAUAAAACAUUUUAAAAAUUGUUUCUUAAGUUCCACAAAAUUAUUAUUUAAUAUAUUAUUAAUUUAAAAAUAGUUAUUUAUAAAUUUUACAUUAGAAAAAUAAAAUUAAAAAUAGUUAUUUAUAAAUUUUAGCAUUAGAAAAAUAAAAGGUGAAUUGCAAAUUA